AUGGCUGAACAACUCGACAUGGGUCGUCUCAACAUCAACGACUCCCAGCACAACCCCCAGAACGGCUUCAACGGCGAGCGUUCUGCCUACAUCCCCCCUCACCUUCGCGGCCGUCCCCAGGGCGGUCCCGGAGGCCCUGCACCCAUGGACGGCCCGCCCCCGAUGAUGAACGGCGGCGGUCUCGGCGGCAGCGCGUGGGGCCCUGGAGGUCAGGGUCCUCCCCCUCAGAUGAACGGCGGCGGCGGUGCCGGUGGCUGGGCCAACGCACCCAACUUCACUCCCCGCGGUCGCGACGGUCCCCCAGGCGGUGGAUGGGGCGGUGCCCCUCGCGGUAACUUUGACCCCAACGCCUACGGCAAGCCCGGCGGCGGUGGCUCUGGAGGCGCCCGCGGGUCUGGCGACGGUGCCUGGAAGGACGGCAAGCACGUUCCCGGCCCGCCCAACCAGCGCCUCGAGCGCGACCUCUUCGGUAUGCCCAACGACCCUUCCAAGCAACAGACCGGUAUCAACUUCGAGAAGUACGAUGACAUCCCCGUCGAGGCCUCUGGUCAGGGUGUCCCCGAACCCGUCACACGUUUCACAAACCCGCCUCUCGAUGACCACCUGCUGAGCAACAUCGAGCUCUCCGGAUACAAGGUUCCCACUCCUGUACAGAAGUACUCCAUCCCCAUCGUCAUGGGUGGCCGUGAUCUCAUGGCUUGUGCCCAGACUGGUUCCGGAAAGACUGGUGGUUUCCUCUUCCCCAUUCUCGCCCAGGCCUUCCAGAAUGGCCCCUCUCCUCCUCCCGCACAGGCUCAGGGUGGAUACGGACGUCAACGCAAGGCUUACCCCACUUCGCUCGUCCUUGCUCCUACCCGUGAGUUGGUCUCCCAGAUCUUCGACGAAGCCCGCAAGUUCGCAUACCGCUCCUGGGUCCGUCCUUGCGUCGUCUACGGUGGUGCCGACAUUGGCUCUCAGCUUCGCCAGAUUGAGCGCGGCUGCGAUCUUCUCGUUGCUACCCCCGGUCGUCUCGUUGACCUGAUCGAGCGUGGCCGUAUCUCCCUCGCUAGCAUCAAGUACCUCGUUCUCGACGAGGCUGACCGCAUGUUGGACAUGGGUUUCGAGCCUCAGAUUCGCCGUAUCGUUGAGGGUGAGGACAUGCCUCCUACCGCUGCCCGCCAGACACUCAUGUUUUCGGCCACCUUCCCCCGCGAUAUUCAGAUGCUCGCCCGCGACUUCUUGAAGGACUACAUUUUCCUUUCGGUCGGUCGUGUCGGUUCCACUUCUGAGAACAUCACCCAGAAGAUUGAGUACGUCGAGGACGGCGACAAGCGCUCUGUUCUCCUUGAUAUUCUCCACACACACGGUGCUGGUCUCACCCUGAUCUUCGUCGAGACGAAGCGUAUGGCCGACUCGCUGUCCGACUUCCUCAUCAACCAGGGCUUCCCCGCCACCUCCAUUCACGGUGACCGCACUCAGCGCGAGCGUGAGAAGGCUCUGGAGAUGUUCCGAACUGGACGUUGCCCAAUUCUUGUCGCCACUGCUGUCGCAGCUCGAGGCUGCAUUACCAUCAUGUUGCCGGACACCUCAGACAUGUUGGUGCUGAUGCUGUGGCUGGCGUGGGCUCUACUAUCCCGAACGUCUCGCUCGAUGAAAUCAAGCAUGUUUGAGAAGACCUUUCCGACAGAGCUGUCACUCAAGAUGGUCACAACCUCUGCCCCGCUCACCUUCGCUGCUGGUCUCAUGGCUGUCAUCCGGUCUCCCACCGCCCCCACCAUUGACUACUUCAAGACCCUCACCAUUCCAAAUGGGAAAGUGUGGGCUGUCUACGUCCUGGUCAUGGAACGUGCCGGCUACCGUCCGAAGACCUACUGCGGUAGCGGCACCGAUUCAAUUGAAGGUGCUGAUCGACGGAUGAAGACAUACGACGCCCGCACACGCGGUAUCUUCUCCGACCAGAUUUCCCGCACCGUCGAGAAAGCUCUAUGCGACGGUUGGGUCAUUACUCAUAAGGGGUAUCUCGUCACGACACCCCUGCCCCGCCCUUACUUUCGGUUCCUGACCCGUGGUCUCUUCCUCGUCCUUGAAGCUGUCUUCAGCCUGGUCUUCUGGAUGAUGCUUUCAAAGAAAGACUACUCUAUGCCACUUCUAUGUCCUUGGCCCGUCGAUACCCUUACCUACGACGGUGCUUGCACCCACUUCUCCAUCAACGAAGGAGGGUGGCAGGGUGCUGAUGAAGACCAACGGUACGAGGGUCUCACCCCUGAGCAAGCCGACGACCUCGAUUUGGAGUACAAGCAGGCCAAGAGCCGCAUGUACGUUGCCAACAAGGGUGAGGGCGUUCACAAGGCCAACACGCUACGCUACGGUCUGCAGCAGCUGGCAUCACAGGCAAACAAAUGCAAUGUCUGCAACCUCGACUUUCGUUCACCUGCCAAGCUCCGCGAACAUCAGACACUCCCCAUUCAUCUACGCAAGGCAGCUGGACAGGGCCCCCAAACCAAUGGUCGGGGUGGUUCUCAGAAUGCUGUUCGUAGUGGUCGCUUCCGCUGCAACACUUGCAACAAGAACCUGUCGACCGCCGGUCGCCUCACCACACAUCUGAAUGGCCCUCGACACGCAAAGCAGCUGAGGACCCUAGCUAACUGUCUUAUCGGCCUGGAUAUUCCGAACGUUACUCACGUAGUCAACUAUGACCUUCCCACCGACAUUGACGAUUAUGUUCAUCGAAUCGGUCGUACUGGACGAGCUGGAAACACUGGUAUUGCCACUGCUUUCUUCAACCGCGGCAAUCGCGGAGUCGUACGCGAUCUCCUUGACCUGUUGAAAGAGGCCAACCAAGAGGUCCCUAGCUUCCUCGAGUCCAUUGCUCGCGAGGGCUCCGGCUUCGGUGGAGGUCGUGGUGGCCGUGGAGGCGGCCGUGGCCGUGGCAACGCUGCUACCCGUGACGUUCGUCGCAUGGGCGGUGGUGGUUUCGGUGGCGGUGGCGGUGGCCAGUGGGGAGGUGCUCCUCAAGGUGGCUAUGGAGGUGGCUUCGGCGGUGCUCCCGGCGGUGGCUACGCUCCUCCAGCUCCCGGCGGCUACGGUGGUGGCGGCGGCGGCUUUGGUGGAGGCUACGGCAACCCAUCCGGCCCUGGCGGCAAUUCUUGGUGGUAA